GUUUUAAAUUAAACACAGUUAUAGGUUAAAUACUAGUAUUACAUAAAACUAAUCCAAAGAUGCAUGGGAAAAAUCAAUAAAGAUAGAAGGAGAGGGAAAGGCAUGGCUCAUGCAACAUUAGUUGGUCAUAACCAUGCCUACUAAAACUUGUUUUCCGUCCCGUGGUACGUCUCCAUCACAAAAAAAAAUUAAAAUUUAUUACAAUUUGAUUUCCCUACUCGUUUAUUGGAUGUAACAGAUUAGAGUUAGAAGUUAAACAAUUUUUUUUUCUUUUUUUUAAAACACAAAGUUAAACAAAUACGAGUUGUAUAUCCUGUCUUUAGUGAUACAUCUCAGCGACACCAUUAAUUAAGAUCUAAAUCGAACCUACUGUGAAGACUGGAUUUGUCUAUUAGAGGCCAUUAAUUGAGGCCCAUAUUCACUUAAACGUACCAAACGCCUAACCAAAUUGCAAUUUGGUUGAUUUAUUCGAAGAUAAUUAAAUAUUUCGAAAAGAAACCGAAUCGUCAUCGCUGCUUCUUUAAAUCUCAGUGCGGUGUAGAGGCGCAACGGUCACUUUGCAUUUUCUGAAAGAAAAAGCUCUCUCAAGAAAGAACCAAGAAAAGAUCGAUACUUUACAGUCUGAAAAAAUGGAAAUUGUGGAGAUAGCUCCAGAUCUGUGGGAGGCGAUGAAGACCAAGAGAAGAAAGAAACUCAGCAACGAGGAGAUAGCAGAAGUAGAAGAAGUAGAAGAAGGGACACCUCUCAGAGGCAUGUUCUGUCUCAAAACAAGACAGGAGGAUAUGAAGCCUUUCGAGGAGAAAGAGGAUUGCUUUAUCCUCGAUUUCGACCCCAGCGAUUCAUUCGACUCGUCCUUCUCCGAUAACCCAGAAGGAGGUGAUGACGACGACGUGGCGAUUAUACACGAGAAAGGACAGGUGGCUUGUAGGGACUUCCCACAUCCAAGGCAUCUCUGCUUGAAAUACCCAUUUGGAUCGACUCAGCACUCACUGCAUUGUAAUCAGUGUUACUGCUAUGUCUGUGAUUUGGCUGCACCUUGCCCACAUUGGACGCUGAGUAAUGAACCGCAUUGUGAAGCAUUAGAAAAUUCUAGGUGGAGGAGUUUACGGGAGCUGCACCGCGGCCGUAGAGGACAUUAGGUGUAAGAAGCGUUUAUGAGAGUUGUGUCAGAAUCUUGCUGCUCUCUGCACCAAACAAGUGAAGGACGUGUGGUGGAAUUUGUUUUUUUUUUUUGGAUUGCUAAAUCUUGAGAGUGAUGAAUGUUAUGAGUCUGUAAUAACAGUGCCAUCUUGAGAUGAGUAUUUUGCUUAACAUCAUUUUCAAUAUUUAGCAAGAGCAGUUGUGCAGUCA